CUUUCAAAAAUAUCGGAGAGUUAUUUACUUUAUGACGGGGCGUUAACCUAUUGGUGUGUGGUGGGGCGAACUAAGUAAACGGAACUGCAAUCUAUUAAAAAAAAGGGGGCAACGGAAAUCAGACCCGGAAGGGGACAAAGAAACAAAAAUGGGUUGUUUUGCUUGCUUCGAUGGCGGAAAUCGAGAACAGCGAAAGGAGCAACAUAGAUUGGCCUCCGCCGAAGCUCGUGCCAAAGCCGCCGAGGCUGCUCAGAGGAGGCAAGAGUAGUUCGAAAAGUCGGCUGCGGGAAGAGCUGCUCGUGCACAGCUACAAGCUGCUGCAAAGCAAUCCACGAAUUCUAAUAAAGGCGAACCUGCUUUGAAGUGGCAGAUGGGUUGAAGUUGAAGCUUUGUUAGCCUUUGUUGAGCAAAAACUGGUCAUCUAUUUAUUGGUAAAGUUAAUUCUGUUCUCUAGUGAUGUCUAAGGUUUCUUCACGCUAUUAGAGAUAGAUGUUGUAUCAGAAAUCAACCAUUCUAUCUUUAUGCAUGACAGUCUUCGGGAUUCUACCAUGAGCUCCAAAAAGUGCAACAAAAUUUCUAACAAAAGCUCACGGUAGAAUUUUCCCUAUCUGAGACGCCACUUCGUUUGGACGGUGGGUGAACUUAAUUCUUUUCUGUUGUGCAGAAAUACAAUAAGAUUCUUGUCUGGUUUUCAUGUUGCCAGUUCAUCGUGAUAAAUACUACAAAUGCAUUUUAUGUUUCUGCUUUUCUUUCAAUUGUAAUGUAUAAAACUGAAACAAUAAUCUUGAUUUCCUGUACAGAUACUGCGCUUCUAUUCUUUUCUGAUUACGAGAAAAUAUAAUUUGAAAAGUAAAA